CAGGAGGGAGAUUUGAAGAAACACGAUGCCGAGAGAUAUUACAAACGAGAAAAGCUCAGAGGAAUAUCCCUGGAAAAGACGGGUUAUGAUCAGGCAAGAGCUUUAAGACCCGCGUUAAUAUUAGAAAAGCUUCUCCAGGGAGAACACAAAUGGCACCAAAAAAGAUCAACUGAUUCAGAGGACAACCAAGAGGGAUUUCUCAAAAAAUCAAGUGCACUUUCUGAGAAGCAGGAAGAAAGUGAGCUUUUGAACCACAAACGCCUGUCAGUGACAUGUGAAAGCGAGAGGAUUCACACAUAGAUAGACUACAGAGCCGCGUGUCGUGACUCUGAGCAGCUCUGAUGGAGCUCUACACAGAAUCAGUGGACUAUCUGAAGUCCCAUGGCAUCUUGCUCGUGACUGAGGAUGAGAUGGUGGAUUCUGAUUUACUUCAGGAUGUUUUCCCUGAGGAGACAGAGUGGGUUUCUCACAGCCCUCUGCAAACUGAACCAUGUUUGCCAUCCACUCCAACAGCCGAUUGCCCAGAUGACCUGCUUCAGAAGAGAAUGGUGGUCCUGAAAGGGGUUUUAACCAGCGAGGAGAUCUACCUGUCAGAGCUGGAGACGCUGCUUACGCCCAUGAGAGCUUUAAGGGCGGCAGCGGGAACCUCUCAACCCGUGUUGUCCACGGAGCAGGUUCAGACCGUGUUUUAUCAAGUCCCUGAGCUCAGAGAUCUGCACAAGGACUUCUACACUAGCCUUCGGACUAGACUGCAGCCAGAUAAAGGGAUGGAUCAGCCAGAGGAGGGCCCGGAUAUGCAGCUUUACCAAUCGGAGCAUUAUUUAUCUGUGGGAGACCUGUUUCUUAAGUUUGUCAACCAGUUAGGUGUGUAUCGGGGCUUCAUUGACAACUAUGAGAAUGCAGUGGAGAUCGUGCUAAAGUGUAUGCAGUCAGACCAACGUUUCAGGACGCUUGCAGAGAGUAUGAUGUCCUCCAAAGGCUCAGACCAUGUCAAAACUAAGUACACUUUUGAAGCUCUCCUGUAUAAGCCGUUAGACAGAGUGAUGAAAACCACCCUCGUGUUGCAUGACCUGUGGAAGCACACGCCCCCCGAUCAUCCCGACAGCAUCACGCUACAGGAAGCGCUUCGUCUCACCAGCAGCUUCCUGUCUGGGGUCAAUGAAAGGUCGCAGUGCAAACGUGCUGUCAUGCUUAGCAGAGGAGAGAGACGUCAACUAUUGCGUGAUGGGUUUGUGGUGGAUGUGUGUGAGAGUGGGCACAACCUGAGACACCUCUUCUUGUACGCCGACAUGCUGCUAUGUGCUAAACUGACAAGUGCCGGGAGGCAGGCGCAGUACAGAUUUUGCUGGUACCUGCCACUGGUCGGCCUGAAGCUGCAUUGGGCAGCUGAACAUCUGCCCUCAUCAGACUACCAAAUGAAAAUCAGUAAAACCAGAGCUAAAAUGUUCCAGCUCAAACAAGCACUCCAGCAACAUAUGAAAGGAGGAAAGGGAUCAGUUUCUCGUGCUGUUGAUCGCUUGAGGAGGAAGUUUGAAGAGUGUGAGAUCUGGCUCUUGACAAACACACCAUCUUUUACUUUAGACCUACACAGCACCAAUGGAAAGAGUCACACUGUCCGACUGUUUUCUUUGUGUGACCUGAAUGAGUGGAAAGAAGCCAUUGAGAAACAGAGCGGAAACUGUAAAGAGACGGUUCCUCCAGACCUGCUGUCUGUAACUGGUUCCUGUAUCAAACUCAGAAUGACUCAACAACCUCCCCUUCACUGCGUUAGAUCCAAUGAGAGUACACACAUAUGUGGCAGUUUAUAUGUGAUGGUUCAGUCUGCGUGUGGUCUGCAACACCCGAGCAGUGCAUAUGUGUGUGUGGAGGUAGACGGCUUUGAGUUUUACGACAGACGAAAACAAACCUCCCUUUCAGCCUUCUGUGUUACACCACAAUGGGAUGAAGAGCUUGUGUUUCAAGUGGACGGAGCUCAGCAGCUGUUCUUGGUAUGUGUGUCGCAGUGUGAGAAUGACACACAGGAUGACAUUGUGGGCAGGGCGGUGUUAAAUCUGGACCCUGAUAACAUGUUAAAGAAGUGGAAGAAAGUCACUUGUUCUUUGGGCCAAGUUGAUGUAACCCUGUCAAUCAAAUACGUGCCCCACCCUCUCGAGCCCCCUAGCACCACCCCUCUCGUACAGGAACCAGUGUUCUGUGUGCCGAUUGGACAAGUGGCAAUGCAAGAGAGUGUGCUGGUCCCUCACAUUGUCCGUUCCUGUGUGGAGGAGGUUGAGAGGAGAGGCAUGACUGAAGAGGGCAUCUACAGAAUCUCAGGAGCCAGUAGCGAAAUACAAGCACUUAAACAUGCAUUCAACACUAAUUACCGCGAGGCUGUGAGUAAACUGAGGAGUACAGAUGUGAAUGCUGUCUCAGGCACUCUGAAACUGUACUUUAGAGAACUUCCUUUAUCUCUUAUUCCCUCUGAGUACUUCAAGGAGCUCUCAGAUGCACUAGAGAUUGCUGAUCCAUAUCUCAGGGCUGACAGCAUGCUGACUCUGUUGCAGGCUCUUCCAGAUGUAAACCGCAACACUCUCCUCUUCCUCUUACAUCACCUGAGACGUGUUGCAGAGAGAAAGGAAGAGAAUAAAAUGUCUCUGAGUAAUUUGGCCACAGUGUUUGGCCCCAGCCUCUUGCGCCCUCUAGUGGCUCGUGUCGACAUAUCUCAAGAAGUGGAGGUUCAGGUUCAGGUGAUUUUCCUCUAUCUGCAGUGUCAGAACCUUCCAGAAGCUCUUCUCACAAAACAUCUGGAUAUUGAUGAGCUAGAGACAUGAGCCAUCAGCAGACUCCUGUCUGUCUGCAUAUCCAUGUUCAACUCGCUUUAUUUUACAGAUGUUUCAUAUUUUAUUUUAAGAUUUUUAAUGUCAUUAAAAAAAAAAAAACGACAUGA